AACUAGGUGAAUGAAUUAAAAAGGCUUUGACCUUAAUUCCAAGAGCACAAGAUAUUAAAAAGUUUAUUCUUUCCUCAAGUUUUCAGUUAGACAAGUUAUCUUUUGUUUAGACAGGGAGAGUAUUGUAUGAAAGAGAAAAGACAACAAAAGUAUGAUUAUCCACCACAUGUUAAGAACAUGCAACACUUAGUCACAGUAACCAACACGUGUAAUUUACAAAGUUGACAACAAGAACAAGAAAAGAAUUCAUUCAACCCAGAAAAUUCCAUGUAAGAAGAAGAAAAUGAAAAGUAAAAAAAUAGUGAAGACUUGAAGCAAUAUCUGUGUCUUCAGAAAGCACAACGGUCACAUGGCCACUUCUCCAAACGUGACAACAUUUAACACCAAACUUCACUCUUGCUCCUACAUAUCCCGCUCCAUUCCUCCCUCAUCAUGCAUCAAUUCCAAGUGUAUCAUCAUCAUCAUCCUUCCUCAAUUCCCAUCACUAUCAGCCAUGGAUGGUUGCAAAAACUCCCCUCUAAAACCAUGGAAGAAAGGCCCAACUAGGGGCAAAGGUGGCCCCCAAAAUGCCUCCUGUGAGUAUAGAGGUGUCAGACAAAGAACAUGGGGCAAAUGGGUCGCUGAGAUAAGAGAGCCUAAGAAGAGAUCAAGACUCUGGCUUGGCUCCUUUGCCACAGCAGAAGAAGCUGCUUUCGCCUAUGAUCAAGCUGCAAGGAGACUCUAUGGUCCUGAUGCUUACCUCAACCUCCCCCACAUGCAACCAAACCUCAUCAACUCCACCACCAAAUCUCAAAACUUCAAGUGGUUCCCUUCCAACAACUUCAUCUCCAUGUUCCCCUCACGUGGACUUCUCAACCUCAAUGCUCAACCAAGUCUCCAUCUCAUCCACCAGAGGCUGCAACAGCUCAAGCACAACGGGCUGUCUGCACCAACUCAACCACCACAUUCAAAGGUGGUAGAACUUGACAACUUGGUCAACCAAAACCAUCCAGAGAUUCUCCCUCCACAGCCCCAAGAUUCUCAAGCUUCACCACAAAAACUAACAGCUGAUUUUGAGGAGAAACCCGAGAUAGACCUGCUUGAGUUUCUUCAACAGAUGGGAAUACUAAAAGAUGAAAGAGAGGCAGAGAAAACUGACAGCUCAGGAAGUUCAGCAGUGUCAGAAGCUGCAUCACGAGAUGAGAAUGAACAACCAGGAGUGUUUUCUGACAUGAGUAGUGUUAACUGGGAGGAACUGAUUGAGAUGCAUGACCAUGAAGUUGUGUGUAACUAUCUUGCAUCUGAAGAAAUUCAGUUUGAAGCAUAUGACACAAACGAGGACCUUACUUUCUCCACUUCCAUUUGGAACUACUAAGUUAUUGAAGAAAAUGCACCUACUUUACCUACCUUUCCUAUGUUAUGACUAUGAUCAGAAGGUGUUGGACUUUGCUUGUGUCUUUUAUGAUAAAAUUUCUUUCUGUUGUCAGCUAGCAAUGCUUAGAGGGAAGAUAGUUUAUCAUAGAAAAAACUGGCAUAGUGAAAAAGGAGCUUAGUUUAGUCUUCAACAAAAAACACUUUAUCAGGAUUUUGGUUAAAAGGUGUAGCUUGCUUUUGUGUUUCCUUCAUCUUAUGCUUUGCUCUAUCUUAACUCGAAGAUCACAAUCAAGCAUGUUUUUGAUUUAGGGGAUCUAAUUUUAGAUAUGAAUAAAAGAAUUGU